AUGAGGCGCGGUGAUCGCUUUGUCGCGCUGGACGACGAUCUCCUCCAGCACGUGCUAUCCUUCCUGCCCUCCCGCGAUGCGGUGCGCUCAGCCGUGCUCUCCCGUCGCUGGCGCCACCUCUGGAAGUCCACCCCGGCCGUCCGCGUCGCCGGCAACGACGACCGCUUCCGCCUCUUCGUCAACAGCCUGCUGCUCCACCGUGACAGCGCCUCGCCGCUGCGCUCGUUCGAGAUCGAAGCCUACUUGACGAUAGCCGGGGAGGUCGACAGCGACGAUGAGGAUUACGGCGAGGAACCGGCCGAGGUCACCGACCCUCACGUCGACCAAUGGAUCAGGCACGCCGUGUCGUCCUGCCGCACCCGCUCGCUCACUGCCCGCUUCGUAGACGAGGAGGCUAUGUGGUCGCCUCGGCAGCCGCGGCCUUUCGCCUCCCCUCACCUGAUGACGAUGCACCUCCACUACGUCAAGCUCAAAGCCGGCCUCCUCGACUUCUCCUGCUGCCCGGCGCUGCUGCACCUCAGCCUCAAGGACUGCCGCCUCUACGCCGGCGCCUUCGUGUCGCCCUCGCUGGAGCGCCUCAGCAUCGUCGGCUGCGACAUCCGGGAGGCAGAUGGGCGUACCAGGAUGGCGAUCUCCAGUUCUCCACGCCGAGCCUCCGUUACCUGCACCUGUGCGACGAUGUAG